AGACCGCAGCAGUUACUUCUGGUAGUGCAAUUAUUAUUUACAUGAUGUAUCUUCCACUGUGAUAGCAAACUUCUUCUUUGUUUCCUGAGCUCGGUUUUGAUUCGUCUGCUUGAGCAUCAUGUAUAGAGGCAGCUAACGUUACCUGCGGUUUCUAAUUUAAUGCCAUUUGAAGCUCACUAACUCAACAUAACGUUAUAGUUUUUUUAUUUUCUUAACUCGUGUAACUCCUAUUACAUAAUCAUUCACCCCCAUGAAGCAAAUACAAAGCUUCCCUUUAAAGUAGGAGGCAUGGACGGUCGGAGUACAACCAAAGUGGUGCUGCUGUCCUGCGGGUCCUUCAACCCCAUCACCAACAUGCACCUGAGGAUGUUCGAACUGGCUCGAGAUCAUCUGGAGGACACAGGUCAGUACAGGGUGGUGAAAGGCAUCAUCUCUCCGGUGGGUGAUGGCUAUAAGAAGAAGGGUUUGAUUGAGGCCUGCCAUCGUCUGGAGAUGGCCAGAUUGUCCACAGAGAACUCAGACUGGAUCACAGUCGACUCCUGGGAAGGCUUGCAGCCAGACUGGGUGGAGACAGCCAAAGUUGUUCGGCAUCACUAUGCCAAACUGCUUGCAGCAGAGAAGAGCAACGAUGAUGUGGAUACAGUCAACUAUGGAAAAAAGAGACGCGUAGAGGAAAAUUAUUUAGAGGAAUCAUCUCAACACACAAGGAGAGAUGGCCCUCAGCUAAUGUUGCUGUGUGGGGCUGAUGUCCUCGAGUCCUUUGGAGUACCCAACCUGUGGAAGCAGGAGGAUAUUGAUGAGAUUGUUGGCCACUACGGUUUGGUUUGCAUCACCCGCAGCGGCAGUGACCCCAACAAGUUCAUCUACAAAUCCGACAUCCUGUGGAAGAAUCGCAAGAACAUCCAUGUGGUCCACGAAUGGGUGACCAACGAGAUCUCAGCCACUCAUGUGCGCCAGUCCUUGCGUCGAGGUCGGAGCGUCAGGUACCUGCUGCCAGACGACGUGGUUAAUUACACACGAGAGCACGGGCUCUACAGCGCGGAGAGCGAGCAGAAAAAUGCAGACGUGGUUCUAGCACCCCUUCUGAAAUACUCGGAUGCCUCCUCCAGCUGAGGAAAUGUACUGCUGAAAAUCAAGCUUCCACCAGUGCCUACUGUGCAGAAUGCUCGUUUCUAGUGAUGGGUGUGUUUUAAGGAGAUAAAAUCUACAUAGACAUUGUGUGUGUGUGUGUGUGUGUGUCUGAAUGUCUGUGCACAAAUUAUUUUAAAUCUUUUACUUGAAUGCAUCAGUUUAGUCUAUUACUCAAAUUAUCAGUUUUUUUAUCACGAUUUGUACAUGCACUCCCUCAUGUUAAAGCAGACAUUAUGGUUUCAACAUGUUGACUUAUUAUAAUUGUUUACGUUUGCUGAAGCAUAAAUACUCAACAUACUACACAGUCAACACAACCGCACAGACGAGCAGCGGAACGCCUCAAAUCUUUUGCAAAAUCAAAGGACUCAAUUUAAAACUUUACUACAGUUUUCAGAGAUGGUGUUGAGUAAAGUGCAUGUAUUGAUCAAACACAACACACAAGUACUUUUGCACUGAUGAAAAUAUGUAUUUAUUUCCACAUUGUAAAAUCAGUCAAUACAUCAAUGACAUUUCUAAAGGUAGCAUUUUGCACUGAUAAUCAGAGUCUAAAAAGAAUAUAGUCAAGAAAGGCAGCAUUGUGGAGACAAAAAAGAAAGCAUGAAUUACAGUUUUUUUCAAUUGCUAAUGCACAUUUUUGAAAGCAGGCUUCUCACUGCUCUGUUGGCUUCCACUGUUGUUGUAAACGGGCACUGACCUGUGUUCUUUGUUAUCGUGCUGAUAGAUGAAAUGACAUUCAAGUAAUUAGUCGCAUGGCCAAGUGACGUGUGUAUUGACCAACUGGUCUGAGGUUUUGGCAUUUUGAAUGGCAGUGUUUUGAAAUGGGAAAACAAGUAGCUUCAUGUCAGAACUGUGUGCAGUGUGUUGCAAAGAGAGCCAUGUUGAAUUGCAGAUUGGGUGCUGAGUAGAAAAUGUGUUUAGAGUUGUGUGCUUUAUUUGUCAAAUCAGUGCAUUAGCAAUUGAAAAAUAACGUUAAUGUGGCAGACUUGAAAAUGAAGGUGUGAUUUGUAUUGGCUGUAACUGAAAUAAACAACUCUCUUUUUUCCCACCUUGGGAGCUUUUCAUUGCUGUUCCGAUGUUAUUG